AUGGCUGCCCUAGUUAUAGAAUUUUAUGGUGUGUUGCCUGCGGAUCACUUGUGGUGUUUGCCGAAUAAGCAAAGUGGAGGGAAAGUAGAUCACCAACUCAAGCAGCCUGCUCGUCGUCAGCGGAAGCAACGGUACACAAUACGUCGUCAGCAGCAGUUCAUCAUUGUCUCGAAUUUGUCAAAAACCGCGCUAAGGCGUUCGGGACAUUCCAUGUAUGUGAUGUAGGAAGAUAUGAGACAGUUUUAUUUGAGUUUUUGAACUCGAGAGUCAGUAAAAAUUGCUUCAGCAGGGAAUAAAGAAGAAAGUUAAAAUUGUUCUGAGACUUAGUAUUAAAAUUGUUGUGAAAUUGAAUGCUAGUUUUAAAUAUGAAAAAGUCAAUUCUGUGAAGAUGAUCUGUCAUAAUCUACAUGUUUUUUCUUAGUAUUUUUCAAUUGCUUUAUAGUUUUAACUUUCUCAUAUUAAUAGCGAAAUACAUUUGUUAUAUAAACUCGUUUAAUACACAUUUUUACGCUGUGCAUUUCUCUGGUAUUUCUGCUGUGUGAUUUGUAAUAUUGAUUUUUUUAAAAUG